CACGUGGAGUGAAGUGGUUGUGCGUUUGUAUUUUACUUUAUUAUUUCUUUUUUUUUUUUUUAAACUAGUUUUAAGAACAAUAUGAAUGCGAUAAAAAAAGAGUGGUUUAGUGAGUUAAGUGAUUUAUGGCCUGGGCAAUGUAUGUCCCUGAAAGUUAACAAAGUUCUACAUGAAGAAAAAUCAGAUUAUCAAGAUAUUGCAGUUCUUGAAACAUCCAAUCACGGACGUGCCCUUAUAUUGGAUGGUAUCAUUCAAUGUACCGAACGGGAUGAAUUUGCUUAUCAAGAAAUGAUUGCUUUUAUUCCUUUAUGCAUACAUAAAGAUCCUAAAAAAGUUUUAAUAGUGGGAGGUGGCGAUGGUGGAGUUGCUCGUGAGGUUGCAAAACAUCCUCUGGUGCAAGAAAUUCAUCAAGUAGAAAUUGAUGCAAAAGUAAUAGAAGUUUCUAAAAAGUACCUGAAAUUUAUGGCUCAAGGGUUUGAUUCUCCAAAGCUGCAUCUGCAUGUUGGUGAUGGCUUUGAAUUCAUGAAAAAUCGUGUUGGAGAGUUUGAUGUUAUUAUUACUGACAGCAGUGAUCCUGUUGGACCUGCUAUAACAUUAUUUCAAGAAAGCUACUUUGCUUUAAUGAAAUCAGCUUUGAGGCCAGGGGGUGUGGUUUGUUCCCAAGGAGGGACCAUGUGGACUAGCCUUGAUCAUAUUCAAGAUACAGUAAAACACUGCAGGAAACAGUUUCCUAAGGUUGGUUACUGCACAAUUUCUGUUCCUACAUAUCCAUCAGGCCAAAUUGGAUUUGUAGUUGGAGCACUAGAUAAGAAUUGUGAUUUGUCCACACCAAAUCUUAAAUUUACUGAAGAAGAAUGUGACAAAUUACAGCUUCGCUAUUAUAGUAGUGAUAUUCACAAAGCAUCUUUUACAUUGCCACGAUUUGUUAAAAAAGAAUUGAUGUCUGUAUUAUGAUUAUCAUUGUGAUAUGUUAUAUAUCACUGUUAUUUUCUAAACCAUAAUAGGCGAAGGGGUAAUGCAAUCAGUUAAUUAUUAAUGAUUUAUAUUUUUUUACAUAUUAUGAAAAAAAUGAGAGUAUAUUUGAUAAAUAAAGAAUAUAUAUUUUUAAUAGGCACCAUAGGGCCUUAACAUAUAGAUCCUACUAUCUGAGAUA